AUGGGCCUCCUCCAAGUCCUCAAGCUCCGGCGCAGCAACGAUUGGGAGAAGCCCACGCUGCUGGACGAGUUCCUCGCUUCGCCACUCCAGGCACUCGUCCUGCGCAUCUUCCACAUCAUUCUCUUCCUGCGUGGCCGGCCCUUUCGGCCCCCGCGUGACAGGCCCGCCAUUCGUGUCGUCUGCAUCUCUGACACGCACGACCACAUCGUGCCCGUGCCGGAUGGCGACCUGCUCAUCCACGCCGGCGACCUCACCAACGCCGGCACCGUCGAUGAUAUCCAGAAGCAGGUCGACUGGCUGGCUUCGCUGCCGCACAGGCACAAGGUGCUCGUCUGCGGGAACCACGACAGUUGGUUCGAUGAGCUGGCUCGGAGGCCCGAGGACAAAGCCUCGGGACGGAAGGUCGAGCUCAAGGGCAUUCAUUACCUCGAGCGCCAGUCUGUGACUCUUGAGUUCAAAGGAGCCAGGCGGCUGAAUAUUUGGGGAGCACCGGACAUUCCAAAAUGCGGCGGCUCUGAUUUCGCGUCAGUAGACUUCCAACGCCACCACAGAGACUUGGGGAUCGGCUGCCCAGGUCUACUAGAAGAGGUCUGGAGAGUCAAGCCAAAGCUACAUGUCUUUGGCCAUGUCCACUGGGGCCGCGGUCGAGAGGCAGUCUACUUUGAUGACUGCCAGAGAGCCUACGAGUCAGUCAUGUCCCAACCCAAGAGAGGUCCUCUCCACGAGAUACUCCCCAGCGCAAGGUGGACCGACGCCCUGCGAGUUCUCUGGUACGGCGCACACAGCAUCCUGUGGAAAUGGGUGAUGGGCGGGCCCGGAUCAAACAAUGCCGCCCUGAUGAUCAACGCAGGAUGCAUGUACGGAAACACUGGCAAGAUGCGCAAAGAGGGCGUGGAAGUCGUAGACCUCUAA